AGACGGACACACACUCAAACACACACACAACCCGAGACCCCCCCCCCAACCCCGGGGAUGCAGACAGCUUAGGCCGCUCUGCGUUCGGACUCUGGACUUCUCGUUUCUGCUGAAAACCUGUUUAUUAGAUCAUGGAGCAUCCGCGGUGUUGACGGAGAAGCAAUGGUGCGUGGGAAAGUCUGCGUCUGCGGCCGUGUGAGCUAUGAUCGGCGGUAGAGGAGCCGGGGAACGCGGACGGAGAGAUCUGGCUCAGCAUAAUCCAUCCGGACUUCAGAGGAGAGGAUGAGGACCGCGAUGGCUCCGAUGAAAACAGCCCUGAUCGUGUUGGCGCACUGGGUGCUUCAGAACGCCGUGUGCCGCGAAGUGACUCUUCCCAAUGGCCCCCUCUUCCGCGUGGCUGGCUUCCCUCUCUCCCUGCCGUGCAGAGUGUCCGAAUACGAAGGUCCUCGCACUCAGGAGUUUGAGUGGUUCCUGUAUAGGGACGACUCCGGAGGGAGGCAGAUAGGAGUGGUGUCCACCAGGGACAAAGGCUUCCCCUACGUUCCGUUUCAGGCCAGAGUGAGGAAUGGGGAGGUGAGAGUGGAGAGAGACUCGGGGGACAGGGUCCGGCUGAUGAUCCAGAGGCUACGGACCGAAGACCAAGGGAAAUAUGAGUGCUACACUCCCAGCACAGACAGCACCUACCAGGGAAACUACAGUAACUCAGUUACUGUCAAAGUGAUCCCAGACACGCUCCGGGUCAGUUUUACUCGCUCCCUCACCGGUCAGCCAGUGCCAGAGGGAGCUGAUUUAACCCUGACGUGCUCAGCCAGCAUCCAGUCGGAGCAGCUCACGCAUCUGUCCAUCACGUUUGGGAGGCGUGCUGGGUCAGAGGUUCCGGAGAGCGGAGCCGGAGGGGAAGUCAGCAAUGUGAGAGAGAUCAUCGCCAUUGAUAAGCUUCUGGGGGUGGUGCCCGGGCAGUUCUACAAAAAGCGCUACGAUAACGGGGAGAUCACGCUGGAGAAAAGAAACGGAGAGGGGGGCCAGGGAGUGUACGUGAUGAAAAUGAAAGCAGUCCAGCCCGACGACACCGGAUCGUACUUCUGCGAGACAUCGCAGUGGAUUCUGGACCCCGAUCGAUCGUGGCAGAAAAUUGCUUCCAGGACGAUGGACAUUGGCAACUUGACAGUUCAGCAAUUAGCCGAGACCAUGAGCGUUACAUCUGCACCCAGGGGCGAGGUGACCCUCCAGGUGGGUUCCCCUCUCAUCCUGACCUGUGAGGUGCUGGGCCUGCCGUCUGACGUCAACUCAGGCCUCCUGGUUCAGUGGAUGAAAAGGGGAUCCGUCAGCAGUGAUGAGGCUGGAACCGGAGGAGUUGAGGUUGAGGUGGCCCGGAUGAGCCCAGACGGUUUAGUGAGCUGGGGGGACGACCUCGGCAGAGCCAGUGGCGGCUCUUUGGAGAAAGUGGCCGAGGGGAAAUACUCCCUGAAGCUCUUCUCAGCCCGGCCUUCCGACUCGGGGGUGUAUCGGUGCGCGGUGAGUGUGUACGCUGGAAGGACGAGCCCCGGACUCUCCACGCCUGCCACGCUCACCCAGAGGUCAGAGGGGGUCACCGUCAACCUCAGGACCAAAGACGUUUUGGUUUCAGCUGUGGCCCAGCUCCCUCGCGGCCCUCUGCUCAAACGGGGCAACACCAUCACCUUGAUCUGCAACGCAACCGUGACGACCACAGGCCCCGCCCAGGCUCAGGUACACUGGCUGAGGUGGCCGCUCCCUGAACCCGUCCUCAAGAGGGAGCCGGAUCCUGCCCCAGCGGACCCCCCGGUCAUCCAGAUGCCCACACGGGUAGCCACUCUCAUGUACAACGGCGUCUCAAACAUCUACGUCAACGGCAGCGAGAUAAGCGUCGACCGGCUCUCCGCCAUCAGCUAUAGACUGAGGGUCCACGUGGCAGCAUCAGAGGACCAGGGCAUGUACGCGUGCCAUGCUGAGGCGUGGGCGCAGGACCCGCAUGGGGGCUGGUACAACAUGGGAGCCAAAGCAGAGUCCAAUGCAGUGACCGUUUACCUGUAUGCCAGAGCUGCUGACCUUCUCCUUAUCCCUCUGGUGGUUGGCGUCUCAUCGGCUUUGUUUGUCGGCAUCUUCAUCAUUGCCACGGUAACCUGUUGCUUCAUGAAACGCCUGAGGAGGCAACGUGCUCAAAAAUAAGCGCUCCUGCUUAUUUUUGUCACCGUCUGUUUAGCAACUGAUGUAUUUUUUCCCCCUCAUGAAGUGGCACAAACAGAUGAAGCAGAAAGUAUGGCAGAAGACAUGACAACAGAAACAAACUGACAUUUAGACAAGAUUCUGCCUGAAAUGGCAUCUUGCAUGUUGAAUUUCUCUUCUCUGACCAACAGGUUUCGCAUCAAUGCCAAAAUAUCUGUUUUGUAUUUUUGUGCAUUUUCGUUAUCAAACCCUGUCUGGACACAGCAUUGUUUUGUGAUUUGUCACGCAUAGACAUAGAGCUGUAGACCUCCGAUGACACCACCAAAACGUUCCUCUCCAUUUUGCAAGUUUACAAAGGCAUUUUUGAUACCUGUUUUUGUGUUCUCUUGAAGUACAUUUUUAAUAAUUCCAUUAUCAUUACAUUCAUUCUUUAAAAUAGACUGACAUGAACAAGGUCAAACAGAGCAGAGUUCUGAAGGUUUGUUCCAGUGAUAGUCACUCCAGACAGGUUCUUUCUAUACAACUACGUGCAAUUCAAUUAUUGCGAUUCAGUUAUUACAAGUGGAUUCUACUUAGCCGAUGUUUUAUACGAUGCUGUAUGUGGAGGUAAUCUUCCAUUCAGUGACCAAACAAGUUUUCCUGAACAAAGACUGAUUUGUGUUUUCUGCAACUGCUGAGAGUGCUCCAGUUUCUCUUUCCUCAGAAAGCAUUUUUCUUAAUCUAAUUCAAAACCCAACAAUGUGUUAAAGUGUGUGCAUCGUGGGGGCACACACUUUGUCAGCCUCUGACAGUCACAUGAAUGCUGGUAGGAGCAGUUCAGCCUCCAGAAACUUAAUGUGAGCAGGAAGAGUGUGGAGCCUGCGGCCCAACAAGGAAACAGAGUCUGUGUGUGAGUUGAUAAGAAAGCGACUGGGGACUUUUCGGAUGCAGACUAACUGAGUAUGUAUUGUAGUUUUAGCCAGUCUGCACCCAUGAGGCUUCAGGCUGUGGAGAUGCUUUUCAUACAGACUUAGGUUUGUCUUGUUCUGACCCAGAAAAUGCAAGAGGCGCCAAUUGCACUGAGCUGAAACCUGUGAAUACUCCAGAGUAUUUCAAUGUUUUUUUAUUGCAAGACUGUUUUCUUUGUCAGUCACCUGUGUUUAACAUUCUGCAGCAGUCUUAUUUGCUCUUCCAAAGUUCUUGGACAAACAAAAAGAAUGGGACUGGGACCAAAGCCCUUUGGCAUCCUUUUACUUGACUUUUUUUUUUUUGAGGGAUUAACAUGUCCUGAAGCUCCUGUCAAAUGACCCAGACGUGAAAAUACUACUGUGAAGAAGUAUUCCCUGUUUGUUGCACUGAAAAAAAAGGAAAACAACGGUGUUGUUUCAUGCUGAUCAGUGAAUACUGGUCCCUGAAGUGAGAGUUUCCUCCGGAGUACAGCCAUAUGAAUAGAUAGUUUGGUGAAGUCUCACUAUUGGCGUCAUUGUAGUCAUCAUGUGGUCCAGUCCUCUUACUUUUACUGCCAAGACGUUGUAAUGACUCUAGCCCCGGCUGCUAGCCCACAGAAAUCUGUUGGACAGAUUUACUAGGUCUGCGCUUUUAGAAUGGGUGAAAUCCAUCCUCCCUUUCCUGUUGAAAGUAACACUUAAGGAGGGCUUUGGUAAAGCAGACGGGCCCACAUUGUGUAAUUAUGUAAAGUUACAUGCAUGGACAUUGUAGGUGUCUGUAAGUGUUUACCUAAAUCUCCCUGUCCUCCCUAAACUUUGUCAUCUAAACUCUGACUCAACAGACAUUAGGGAAUACAUUCACACCUCUGCUUGCUUUCUGAGCCUCUUUGUUCCAGAUCCGCUUGCCGACGCUGAUCUGUUCCCACACAUGCUCACGUAGCUACAACACACCCCUCACACACCCAGACUACCCGCAUCAGGACUGAGCUGGCUGGCAUUUCAGAUGGAAGUAAGCGAAUAUCUGCGUGUUCAUCUCUAAUCCCCCAGUUUAUGGCUGCAGAACUGUGCUGCCCAUCCCCCACCCCGUGUGUGGCUCACAAUCCAUUCUUUUCAAUCUCUGUUCCCUGAGAAUUACAGCCACUUCCAAGCAGCAGUGUGCACAGUAUGAAAACUACUGUCCAAGUUUUGUUUUUGUGUGGAACCAUUUCACCAAGGUCUUUUGUUUUGAUUGUUUACUAAUGCUUUAAAACUAUGUUCCUGAAUGCAUCUUACUGCCACUGCAUAACACACAACAGCAGAUCAUUGCUCAGUUUUGUUUCUAUUGGUGCUUUGGCAAACCUGCCAAUUGUAAAAAACAACAACUAAUAAAUCAUUUUGAAUUUUUAAUGUCAUUACAUUUUCUGUGUUUUUUGUGUGGUAAUAAACCUCUAAAAGUGCUCCUAUCAUAGACUACUGGAGACCUAAGAAUUGCAGUACAGUCUGUGUGGGAGGAAA